CAACUUGCAACACCAGACAAGUCCUUCUCUUGUACUGCUUUACAGCACAUAUAAUUAUACACUCACAUAGAUUUAUAAUCUCCCUUUUUUCCCUCUUCUUUGUCUUUGUCUUUAAUUUUAAUUUUAAGUUUUCUUUUCUUAUUUUAGCAAGAUUUUAAUUUCUGGGGUUGUUACCUUCGUUAAUAAUCAAUCAUCAAAAGGAAUUUUACAAUAGUUUUCCACUCCGUAUUUUAAAUUCGACCCAAUAAUCAUAGUUUGGUUUGGUGGGUGACAAUUUAUUUUUUCACGGUCUUCAAUAUUUUCUAGUCAAUUGGGUUUAAACUUUAUAACAUUGACUUAAAUGCUUUCUUUUUCGAUUUCACAUUAGUUAUUGCAACGUUUGAAGUUUCACGGCUGUCUUAUUACGUGCAACUUCGACAAAAUUCGGGGUUACUGUUGCAAUUUCACUCGAUCAAAACACAAAAUAACCCAAGAAUGAAUUGAAUUGAAGAAUUGAAAGAGAGGAAAAAAAGAGAGAAACUUAAUUGUUUUUGUUGUAAGAGAGUGGUUUUGUGGUUGUGUGAGUGUGUCGGCGCUGGGUCACUUUCUGUCAACAUUGUCUUGUAUAUCCAACAACAAGAAGGAGGCGCAUUCUUAUUUUCUCUCUCCUCCAUCUUCUUAUACCUUAACAACCUCUUUCAUUAAACUUUUAUUUAUUCCAAAGUUUUCAACUUUGAUGAAGUGGAUUCAUUAGCUGCCCAAAGUACCCAUUUUAUUUUUUUUGGGUUUCAUUCGGCGCUUGGUUUGAUUCUGCUGUUUUUUUUUUUUUUUUUUUAAUAGUAUCCUUUUUAGUUUUUAUAUAUAUAUUUUUGAUGAUUUUUGGAGUUUAAUAAGAACACCCUUUUGUCAAUGGCUUGCCCAAUUCAUGAAUUUUUGGUGAAUUUUGAAGUGGGUGUUGUUUAGAAUUUGAAGAUCAAAUGUAAAUUUGGUGGGUUUUUGCAAAUGCAGCUAAUUUUUUCAGAGAUACUCCCCAAAUUUUAUUAUUUUCUGCCAUUUCAGGCUUAGAUGAAUGAUAGCUUCUACUAUCAUUUGUAGCUGAAUUGGCUUGAGUGCCAAAUGUCAAGGCAACUUGUAGUUAUAGUAGGAUUUGCUGCAGGAGCUGUGGCGUUUUUGAUAAUAGUUGGGUUGCUUAUAUGGUUUUGCUGUUUCCAUAGUCGUAGAGCUUCGAGAACUUCUGAGACUGGUUCUUCUGAGCCUUCUUAUCAAGUAGGAAAAUCUGGUGGCAUUGAGAUGUCUUUUCGAGAAGCAAGGCGCUUUGACUGGCAAGAACUUUGUGCCGCUACAAAAAAUUUCAGCGAACAAGGUCUGAUUGGCGUAGGAAAGUUUGGAGAGGUUUACAAGGGUCUGCUUACAGAUGGUGUGCUAGUCGCCAUUAAAAAACGGUCUGUUGCACCUACUCAGGAGUUUGUUGAAGAGGUACGCUAUCUUUCAUCAAUUCAGCAUCGGAACAUUGUGACACUCUUGGGAUACUGUCAAGAUAAUCAUCAACAAAUUCUAGUUUAUGAGUACAUACCUCUUGGAAGUGUUUCCAGUCAUCUAUAUGGAGCUGCUCAUGUUUCACGAGAGAAGCUGGAAUUCAAACACCGGUUGUCAAUAGCUCUUGGGGCAGCUAAAGGUUUGGCUCAUCUUCAUUCCCUUAGCCCGCGCUUGCUACACAAGGACUUCAAGACCUCAAAUGUGCUUGUUGAUGAAAAUUUUGUCGCGAAAGUUGCAGAUGCAGGAAUCCGGAAUUUUCUUGGAAGAUCAGAUGCAGCGGGUACAUCUUCUCAAGUGGAUGCCGAUGAAAUUUUUCUUGCCCCAGAGGUGAAAGAAUUCAGACAAUUUUCUGAAAAAAGUGACGUGUACAGUUUUGGGGUUUUUCUCUUGGAGUUGGUCUGUGGACAGGAAGCAAGAGAAUCAUACUCUCCGGACUCUAACCAAACUUUGGUAGAACGAGUGCUAAAUUACCAUGACUUCAGUACUGUUUCUACCAUGGUUGAUCCAAGAAUGGGGAACAAAUUCACGGUGGAAGGGAUGGAAGAGUUUGUACAGUUGAUUGUCCGUUGUAUAGACCCCUCUAGUGAACUCAGACCCGGAAUUAGUUAUGUGGUUACAGAACUUGAUCAGAUAUUGGAGAAAGAAAUGAACUUAACUACAGGCAUGGGGGAAGGAACCCCAACAGUUACACUCGGGAGCCAGCUUUUUAGGGCUUUGAAAUAAAAAGGGCAUAAAGAUUAUUCAGCCACAACUAUUUCUAGUGUGAUUCUUGUUAAAUAUUUCUUCAUUCAUCUCGUCUAUCUUUUACUCUAUAUCUUCAUUUAUUCAAGGGAAAAAAAGGUUGUCAAAGGGACAAGCAGUUGUUUGAUAAUUGUAUAAAGAACAGCUGUAACAAUUUUAUUUUUUUUAAUGAUUUUUUUCCCCUUCAAUUUUAUGUAUGUAUCCCAUCAAAAGACCUUAUUCUAAACAAUUAUUUGUUUGUUAAUAUAUAGGUUUGAAGUUUGAUGAGAAUUUGUUCA